UGGGCAAGAAAAAGAAAAUAACAAGGUAAAAGUAUGGCGUUACUACAAGAUCAUGUACAAAAGCUGUUCAGAACAUCAUUCUGGAACAACAAAUAACUGAUUAUAACAUAGAAGUAACACCAGGUUCAAAUGCAGGUGAUAACUAUGGAAGUACUAUAUAUCGAAUACAAGUAAAAGGUAGAAGAAUUAAUGGAGAUACUACAUUAAGCCUUAUUUGCAAAGUGCCAAUAGCAACUUCUAAGAUAUCACAAUCACUGGUUUUAAAAGAGAGAUACACGCCUAUAAAAAUUUAUUAAAAUACUUAAAACAGUUUCAAGAAGAAAAAAUAUUCAAUUUAUAGAUGGUUUUAAUACUUCCAUAAAAUGUUAUGAUGCUGACGACACAAUUGGCAAGGAAUACAUAAUCUUGGAAGAUUUAAAACCAGAAGGCUUUACAAUGCUGGCUAAAGAUGUCUAUAUUGACAAGGUCCACGCACAGCAUGUGGUAAAAGAAUUAGCAAAAUUUCAUGCUAUCAGCUUUGCAAUGAAAGAUCAAAAACUCGAAGAAUUUAAACGGUUAUCAAAUUUACCAGAAGUUAUUUUCGAAAUUAUAGGAGAACAGCCACUUAACAAUUUGUGCAAAUUGGCUUUAGAGAGAGCAUUCAACUUGUGUACAGAAAAAUAUAAAAAUAAUAUUCAGAACCUACUAGACAAUUUGCCUGAUAUUCUGAGAGACAGUAUGAGUGGAAAAGGAUCGGAAGAUUAUUCAGUUAUCACUCAUGCAGACUGCUGGAAAAAUAAUAUGAUGUUUAAAUACGAGAAUGACUGCCCAAAAGAAGUGCGUCUGUUCGACUGGCAAAUAACACGCUUAGCUUCACCUGCCAUGGACUUAUGUUAUUUUUUCUACAUAAGUGGUAACGACGAAUUAAUUGAACAUCACUUUGAUAAUAUAAUGGAUUUAUACUACGAGCAACUCGAAAAGUCCGUCAAAUUACUAGGAAGUGACAUUAACCGCCUGUAUCCUCGAUCGAUUUUGGACACUGAUCUCAAGAAAUUUGCUAGAUUUGGAAUUAUAUUUUGCAUAUUUGGAAUGAAUGUACUUCUUGCUGAAACUCCUCCCGAAAUGAGCGAUAUGUUUAUAAAAGCAAGCGAAGAAAAUUCAAAAAAUGAAUGCCUAAGUAAUCUUAAUGCCAAAGCACAAGAAAAAUUUGCCAAUAGAGUCAAUAUUAUAAUCAAACAAGCCAAAAGUAAAGGUUUUGUUUAACAUAAUACAAAAUA